CUAUUUUAAGAAGCAGUGAAAUUUUUUCUCCAUAUUGACAUUAUUAUCACCUUAUGCUCAUGAACAGGAAGGUCAAUAUCUCUUUUCAUAUAAAUAGGGCGAGAAAAUUUGUACAAGCAGUCUAGUUCGAUUCAUUAGGCCUAUCAACAUGAACGCUCUGAUCUUUACCACACUUGCUUGCUUAGCGGUAGCCUCCGCAGUACCAUCAGGCCUUGGCCUCGGUGCUGUAGUUGCUGGACCUGCAGGUAUUGUCACUGGCCACGGUAUUCCCGGAGCUAUCGGUAUUGGAGGUCUUGGUUUGGGCUGGGGAGCUGGACUCGUAGCCCCUGGAGCAGUGAUAGCAGGACCUGCCCUUGCUGGACCAGCCCUAGUUGGAGGUGUUGGGGCCAUUACUGCUGGAGGUGGAGCCAUCUCCGCCACCGGCCACGGUGCUGCCGUCAGAGGACCACCAACUGCCCCAGCUGUGAUUUCCGGACCCUCUGGUACAGUGGCUGCUGACGGACUCUGGGGACCAACCGCCAACAUCGGAGGUCAUGGAGCUCUUGGUGCUAUCGGCCACUGGGGUUAAGCUACUCACUUCAUUUCACCCUGUAUAUAAUUUACGCCCUUCACUCGAGUACCUACAAAAAAUUUUCCAUGGGAACCACGCCACUUCAGGUCAACGGAUUAAGUCAUCUCAUAUAGUCAUUUUUGCAUGUAGAUGUGUGUUGUUCUAUGUGUUCAUAUAAUAAAAACUAAACACACACCAA